CUAAUAUAUUAUUAAUUUUUAAAUAUUAUUUAAAUCUAUUAUUAAUCUAUAAUUAAUAAUUACAGACAAUAAAAAAUUAUAAUAUUUACAUAAUUUAAUACAUGUGGUAAUAAGUUAUCAAAAUGAAGAUAUGAACUUAAAUUUACUAUAAUAAAUAAAUUAAAAUUAUUUAUUAAUUUUAAAAAUUAAUAAAUACUUAUACACUAUGGCUUCAGCUUCAAGUACAAGUGCUCGAAGUUUAUUUGUUGAAUCAAAAAUGAGAUUAGCUGAUAGAGUACAAGUUAAUGUGAACAAUAUUGCAUCUCUUGCCAGACAAAUACAAAGAGGUUCAAAAAGUAGCGAAAUAAUAAUGCAUAGUGCAAAAAAUUUUGCACAGCAAGAACAUGGUGUAGAGAUUGCAGAAGCUAAUCUAAAAAAAAUUGCUCUUAUAACUACUCAUUUAGAAUAUCAAAUGGAAUCUAUUAACAGAAGUUUUAUGACUUUGGAAGAAGUUACUGAACAAGUACGUGCUAUGCAAAGAUAA